GGUGUUACCUUUAAAUGUUUCCAGUGCAGUGGUAGCAUUCAGGAAUGUGACAGCAUGAGCGCUAAAAACGUUACUUGUGAAACCGGCCAGGACAGAUGCCUGAAAAAGAUGAUGAGCAAAGACGGCAAAGAAUCUGGUAUAUACGGGUGCGCAUCUUCUCGCGACUGCAGGGCGGCUGAGGCAUCUUGUACAGCGGUCGGGAAAGACAACGCCAGGGCAAAGUGUACGUCCGAAUGCUGCAACACAACGUCUUGCAAUAGACCUCUAGCAAAAAGUAUGGUGCUUCUCUUAGUUUUAACAUUCAAACUGAAUUUCAUUGUUGUUAAUCCUACUUAAGAUCAUCAUCAGGAUGACCGGCGGAUAGUAGGGUACAAUAGGCCCUUUACAGCUAGCCAUUCACGCGGUAGAAAACGUCAUCCUUGAGAACAAAAGUCGCAGUGGGACAAGACAAACAAAGGAAAUUACCAUUUAAAAUUAUGUAUGCCUUUUACGUCCUUUUGUUUGUCUUGUCCCAGUGUGUCCCUUGCUCUCCAGCACGGCGGUUUUGUACUACGUGAAUGGCAAGCUGCAAAGAGCCUAGUCCGUUUUAACUUGGCCCUUAACAUAUUCAUAAGUCAUAUGGCACGAGAACGGCAACCUGGAGAACAAGCAACAUUGUGGUACCUUAAGGGUCUUUUAAAUCCGUUUGAAUGGGUUCCAAAGUUUUAACAACCUCAUCCAGCCUCGUCGAACAAGCUCUUUACUUUCGUUCACUAACUUCGUUUCUUGCUGAUUUUGUAUCAGGUGACCAUCACAGCAAAUUUCAAAAGCUAUAAGAGUGCCAUUGUGCGUUACAGACACAAGGGAGCCUCGCUUUGCGUCUCUUUUAGGACCGUAGUCUCUAGAGGCUGAACUUUUUUCGGAAAUUAAACACUAAAACUCCAGAAUAUCUUGUACUUUGUUGACAGCUGAUUAUAUAUUUAUAAGUGGGGGGGAUAUGAUCGUGCGGGUGAGUGUGGUCCCAAAUAGGACUGUUGUUGACAGAGAUUAACUUUUCGACAAACUGUGCGGUAUAUCAUCUUCAGAGUCAAAAAUUAUUAUAUAUUUCAUUUAUAAUAACUCUCAGGUGACAACUUGAAGUGCUAUAUGUGUAAAAGCGCAAAAUCAAUGGACGACUGCGUGCAAAAAACUACGUCUGGACGCUGCGCAGAAGGACAAACAAGGUGCGGCAAGUUUGCCACUGAAUUGAUCAUGCAAGGAAAGAAAGUCAUGGUGUAUCGAAAGGGAUGCCAAACUGAAACGUCCUGUAAAAAGGAAAAAGAUCUGUACGGCCAGGCCUGUGGAUCUGAUGACACCUGCGAAUUUCAU